AUGAGUGAUUACGAUUCUUUAACACAAAGUAAAGCAUUUUGCAUUGAGGAAAUAUACGGGAGUGAUAUAACAAAUGAAGAAAAUAAAUUAAUUAUAGAAUUUAUGCAGAAUAUGGUAAAUGAAAGGAAUGCCCUUCCAAAUAAUGUAAAUGUAGAGAUAAAUGUGGUAAAUAAUAAUGAUAGUAACAAUAAAAGUUCAAAUAAUAAAACCCACAAUUUACUCAAUAUUAUGAAUAAAUAUACCUUUAAAGAAAAAUUAGAUGAAAGCUAUUUAAAUAAUGAAAAUAAACUAAGAUGGAAAAGUAACAUUGUUGAAUAUAUAAAUAGAUUAAGAUAUUAUAUUCAUAAAAAAUAUAAUCGAAAUAUAAUUGAUACGUUUAAAUAUAAUUCGUGUAAUUGUUCUAUAUUAUCUUCCUUACAAAAAGAUAAAGAUUUAAUACAUAUAUUUUCUUCACAAGUUUUUUGUGUUCAUUUAUAUAUUUAUGGUAUUAAUUAUAAACAAAUCAUAUAUUAUAUUGAUAUAAUAGCUAACCAUUUAAAUAAUAAUAACGAAACAAAUUUCAUUUUUUUCAUAUGGUUAAUAUAUCUACUAAUAUUAUUAGAUUCAUUACAGGCACUGGAUUCCAAUGUUUCUUCAAAUUUACAAAUAAUAAAACGUUUUUGUAUAAACAAAAUUGAAAACUCCGAUCAAAAUUAUGUUGAAUCGAAGGAAGAUAACAUUUUAAGUUUCUUAAAAAACUUUUAUUGUACAUCUAAAAAUAGUAAUAAUUAUAUUCCUUCAUAUUACACCAUAGAUAUAUUUUAUCUUAUAUAUAUAAUUAUAACUGAUAUAUUUAAUCAAAAAUGA